UGUGUGUGUGUGUAUAUCAGAGCUUCAGAGGUCUCAGUGCUUCACUGCUUCUCUGAUUUUGAUGCAAGAGAAGUGAUUAAAAAAAAUUGAAAGAAAAAGUAAAGCUAAAAGGAGAAAUAUAUAGGGAGAGUUGUAGUUGUGCUUGUGCUUUGUCCACAUCGAUACAUGUCUGUACUUCCAUUUGAGCUUCUGUUCGGCUCUUCUUUGAAGUUUUAAGAAGGGGAAACCCAGGAAAUUGCUAGUAAUUUGCUUCAAGCAUUGAGGAUCUCUUUGUUAUGCUUAAAAAGGAGAAGCAGAUUAAUCUAGGAACCAUGAACUAGGAAGGAGCAUGCAUGUCCAAACUAAUGGCUGAUUCUGCUUCAGAGACCCAUUGUCAAUCUGAUACUUCGGGUGUGAGACAUAUAAGCAGCUCAAUUUUCAAUUUUCCUGGUUUCUUUGUGGGGUUCGGUUCUAGAGGUUCAUCAGAUUAUGAGUCAAUUAGGAGUCCUACAUCUGCUCUUGAUUUUAGUCUUUUCUCCAAUCUUAGCAACCCAUUUAGUCUCAAGUCCCCAAGAUCACCAACACUAAAUGGCCAUCAAAAGAAAUGGGAUUGCUGCAAAGUAGGUCUCAGCAUCAUAAAUUUACUUGUUGAUGAAACCAAACCAACUGGUGAGCUUCUUAGUUCACCAAAGAGGAAGAAUAUAAUAUUUGGAUCACAGGUGAAGACUGGUUAUUCUGUGAGAUCCAAAUCUUUGCCAAGAGACUACAUGCUUUUGCUACCAUCACAAGUUGAAACUCGUAACCCCAAAUUAGGUAAAUCUAAUUCUGAUGCUGUCUUUGGGAAUGAUAGAGUCCAGUUGGAACCUAUACCCUUUGAAAUUUCUUCUCCAAUUAACUUAUCCCCAAAAUCCCCAUUGAAUUCUAAAAAGUUUUGUUCAGGGAAUAGAACUACUACUGUAAUGAGUUUACCAUUGUUUAGUGGUGGAGAUACACAAACAGAUAAUUCCUUUGAAACCAAAUCAAGUUCGCUUCCAGUACCCAUUGGCUCUAGCCAUGGGUAUAUAGGUUCUAUAUCUGCACAGGAGAUCGAGCUUUCUGAGGAUUAUACCUGUAUAAUUUCCUAUGGUCCAAAUCCUAAAACAACUCACAUUUUUGGUGACUGUAUUUUGGAAUGUCACACAAAUGAGUUGUCCAAUUUUGACAAGACACAAAAUCUGGGGCCUGAAUUGCCUCAGGAGGCUGACUGCUUGGAGGGUCCAACUCCAUAUCCAUCUGAUGAGUUUUUGAGUUUCUGUUAUUCUUGCAAAAAAGUGUUGGACAAGGGAGAUGACAUUUAUAUCUACAGAGGUGAGAAAGCAUUUUGCAGUUCUGAUUGCCGUUCCGAAGAAAUGUUUUCUGAGGAUGAAACAAAGAAAACUUGUGAUGAUUCCCCCAAAAGCUCUCCUGCAUCCAGCUACCAUGAAGAUCUUUUCCUAACCAGUGCGCCGAUUGCUAUAUAAUCGGUGAUGUUGCUCUGCUCACCCUUUAGGCUCUCAUGUCUCGGUGAUGAACAACCGGAUCAUCUGUUUCCAAAGAGCUGUUUUUAUGUGCAUCUGUUUUGCAGCCAUGGAUGAUCACAAGGGUGAAUCAUGCUAUUUUCUGAUAGUCUUUCAGCUUUCAUGGUAUCAACUAUUCCUAGGUAGCAAGCAAACAAGCAUAGAGUUUCUAUUUUUGCAGUUGAGGCAUAAACAUUAUCUUAGAUUUGUUGUGUUCUAUGUUUUCAAUUAGAUGAGUUGGAAGUGGCCAAGAUCCCUCACUCAUCAAUUUUCUUUCAAUUCUUCUCUUUGUCCUGCCUUCAUCAAGAGUUCAUGUAGUCUCCUUUUGAACCUAUUGAACUUAUUAUUUAAAACUUCAGUAUUAUCUACCAAAAUGACAUUCUCUA